AUGCUCCGCAACCGUCCAUCAAGAGUUCCUCUUGGUAUGGCUGAUGUCAAUCAGAUGAAGCAACGCCUAAAGCUCAAACAGGCCUCGCACCCUCUAGUCGCACAAACUGACCGGGCUUGUGCCCAUCACCAACAACAGAACAUCCGCAUUGCGCCACAGCCCCACUACAACCUCCGUGAAGGCCCUCAGAGAUCCAGAGAUGCAAGCGUCGUUCAGCUUGAUCCAAACCGCCAUGUUCCGCAGUUUGCCAUCUACGAAUCAACUGACUCUGCCGAAGAGAGUGACUCUGACGAGAUUGCCUCUGCCACCUUCGAAUCCGUUGCUCGUCUUGUACAUAUAGCAGAGGUCAGCCCCACCAUCACUCAAGUCUCUGGCUACAAUCCGCCUGCUCUUGUGCAUCUUCCUCCAGAGAGACCACGAACACAUGAUAGUCAUCAUCCUGGAGUCAUCAAUGGUCAUCAUCAGUAUCUGAACACUUCUCUUGCGCCAUUUAGAUAUCGCUACAACGGCCGUUCGGGGUCCGGUCCUGUAACUCGUUCUGGCUAUCCAUAUCAGCCUUCUCGCCAGGCUACCAACCACUCAUAUCACAGAAACAGCGAUCCGAGGAUAGCAAAUCUCUCUCAAAGAGGCCAUAAUCCUAACGCUGUCUCUUUCUCUCCUCGUGUCCAUUUCGAAUCCGCUCUUCAAGAGCUUUCUCCCCACCACAGGUCCAACGUUGCCUCGAUCAACCGACGAGGAGGAACACUUAGGGCUAGGCCGUCUUCGUCUCGUAUCUCUCACAUCAGUCGUGGUGAGAUGAGCUACCAAACAAGACCUAGGCCUAUGCCGCGUCCCAGAGGGUCUCAGAUGCCUAGAAGACCAUCAGUCCGUGGCGCUCGCCGUACUGGCGGACACCUCAGGCUACCAGCUGCAUCGUCAAUAGACACGGUCAUGGAUCGUUACCCAAUCUUCCCUUCAAUGUUAUCCCAGUCUGACCCUCCAAGACCGGACCAUCUGUUCCUUCCGCGUUCCGAGAGCAUACCUCAGAGAAGAGGCAUUCUCAUUCCACCCGCGGACCUCAGUACCACGCGAAUGCCGUAUCCUCGGUCCCGAUUCUCUUCAACGACGGUGUCCCAUACCUCGGUACAAUCUCGAGCGUCGAGUAACAGUCUGUCGGCCACAAACAUGGUUUCUGCUCUGGAGGAGACCUCAAGACAUGGCUCCUACAGUUCUGGAACUUGGGACGAGCAACGGACCCCUCACCUGGGCAGUGUACGUUCUUCUCGUGUAGGGACUUGGACUUCUCUACUCCAUGGAGAUGAUGAGCGUCGAAGCAGUGGCCUUCCUCCAACGCAGUCGCCACUGGACCGUCUAACCCAGGAGUUGCAGCUUUUGUCCACAGGUUUGUCAACAAGAUCGCAGUCUUCAUUUGAGUGUUCCUCUCGUGUGACAUCUACAGAUGGACAUCUGUUGAGCGGCGAUGCUUUCUACACUGACCCUGAGGAUGAGGUUCAAGAGAGAGAGUUCAAGAAGUACGACCAUCCCACACGCCGCAAUCCGACGCACGUCGACAGGUACAACAUGGGCAGACCGUCGAGCCAUCAGCCUCAGCAUGAUCUCGGCAUGACAGCACGAAUUGUAGAUGUGGAGGUUGAUUGUCAAAGCGCAACAAUCAGACCACUCUCGAUGUCGCCCUCCUCCCAAUCUGUAAGCUCGACUCCCAGGAUUGACGCUUCUCUAGUAGACAGCUCACCGCCUGGGGACUUGCCUGAUCUUCCUCCAACCACACCGGGUCGACAAUUGGUGCGGCCUGCGCGAACUCCCUACACGCCUUGUGUCGGUCUUAAAUCACAGGCGACUCCAAGAGUAAAGGUCUAUGACGAUUGCCAACCAGCCAGCAUGCAGCCGCAAACACCGGCGGACCUCAAUCAUCGUUCCAGAACACGAGUGCAUGACAGUUCUGAGAUGCCUGCCACCAGCCAAACCGCACGCUCCUUUGCAACAAGUCCACCCGUGGAACAAUUGCCGCUGAUUCCACCUCGUAACGCUCACCGCAAUACAUACCCUUCUUUCCAGCAAGCAAACUCACAGCCGCAUUUGACCAACUCGCAACCAUCUAGUCCCUACUCUCCCAAUCUCGAUCUGAGAACUGCUGCGGCCAUCACUGCAGUUGGAAGACGACGAACAGCUCGGGCAUUUUCCAACGAAAAUGUGAUUGACCCGAGUACCAAUGGUAUGGAGACUGAGAGGGAGGCGUUGUUGAGACGCAGAGAAGAAGCUGGCACAAACACCAUGGAUGACACGCCUCCAAGACAGGGUAAGUACGAGCGACUCAUCUCACAAUGA